UGACCUCUGACCUCUUUACUGAUCGAUGCAGCUCAUCUUAAUGAUCAUCAGUUUAUGAUCACUUAAACAUGUUACAUCAUGUUUUAAUAACUAUGAGACAUUCAUAGAAAUGAACACUUAAAGCAGGCUUGAAGUCAAAAUGAGGAAGUGAUGACAUACUAAGAACGGGAAGUAGAUGCAGCGUCUCUUUAAAGAAGCACUACUGAAGAAACUCAGACAGUUAGGAGCGUGACAACGGGAGGACAGAGACGGAGAAUCACCAUGAACGAGCUCAAAUGGAUUCAAACUUCUUUACUUCUCACAGCGCUGCUUCAGUUUGCUGCAGCUGUAUUUCUAUUUAAAGAUGUCACAUUCAGAGUUGGAGAGGACGCCACGUUGUCUUGUGAAACUGUGAUACAAGAUCAACAGAAGUGUGAAUAUACGACAUGGGGCUUUGUUGAUUCAGGAAACACAGUAGUAGACCUGGUUACACUUGGUCAGGUUAAAAACUCUGGAGUUAAAUCAGACAGACUGAGAGUUACAGAGGACUGUUCUCUGGUUAUAAAGAAGAUCACAGAGGAGGAUGCUCAACGUUAUGCCUGUCUACAGAUCAUAUCAGGAGAAAUAACAGGCGAUGUGACUGUAGUUCUUCUAUCUGUUAUCAAGAGUGAGGACACAAAACCACCACCAACAAGACCACCACCACCAACAAGACCACCACCACCAACAACAAGACCACCACCACCAACAACAAGACCACCACCAACAACAACAAGACCACCACCAACAACUCCUGCGCCUGCACUAGACUGGCGAUGGUGGUUGAUCCUCGUGCCCGUGGUGGUUUUUAUAGUUCUGUUAGUGGUCGUUGUGAAAGUUAUUAGACGGAAAGGAAACAGAACGCAGAUGGGUGACGAUGUUGCUGAUCAUGAAGGCGGGGUUUCCUACGCCUCCAUCAGAUACAACAAGAAGGGGAAAAGAGGAGCUCGGGUUUGUGCUAAAGACGAUGCUGACGAUGGUUCAGUGACCUAUGCCUCCGUCAAAGCUUCUUCUUCCUCUUCUUCUGCUGCUGCAGGAGCCUCUGCUGACCCCAGCAGCCUCUACGCCACCAUCAACAAAGAGAAGAAAUAAGAAUCCAAAGUAAAGUCACAGCUCAAGUUUUUUCAGGUUUCUACACUGAAAACUACGGAGCCCCACAAGGCUCAGGUAGGACAACAUAAAAAGCAAUUUGUAAAUCCUUUUUUCACGGUUUACAAAUCUGUGCGCACAGUUUAUAAACAGUGCCCAUGGAUUUGUAAAACCGUGUGCACGGAUUUGCAAUCUGCAUGCACCAUUUAGGAAUCCGUGCCCACAGAUUGCAAAUCAUUUGUCGAAAUGAUUGACAGCUUUUUCUUUUUUGUCUCACCUGAGCCUUGCAGGGCUCAGUAGAAAACAGAUACUGAUAGAUGUGUUUGUAAAAGACUUUGUGUUGAUGACUUUCAAGAGUUAUUGCUGUAAGAUGCUUUUUUUCUCCAACAAAUGGCGUUGUAAGGUUAGCACAAACACCUAGCAUUAUACCUCUGCAUGAAAUUUUAAUUUACGGAGACUCUGAAGUCCCAAAAAGUACAAAAACUGAAAUCUUGUGUGCCCACGAUAAUUAUAUAAAGGACUGGUAUUCAGAAAAACUUUUGACUACA